AUGUUCAAACCCACAUCACGCUUGAAUGCGCGGCUGCGGUUGACCACCAAGCAGGUCAACGGAGGCUAUUACAAGGGUAACCGGACGGGCAACGUUGGAUUCUUCGGCAAGAAGAAGGGCACAUAUUUCAUUGACUGGCGAAAAGUGCGCACAUAUGUGGUUCCAGAGGGACUUGAUACCUUUAAGCCCACAAGAACCCAGUACACGCAAACGAUAAUGAUCGGCGAGAGGGAAGUCGAGGUGCCGCGUGGGAUGAAUGGGAAAGACUACCUCGAUGACUGGUAUGCGAAUAAUGAGUUGGAGUCUGACGAAGUCGAGCGGAUACGGAGAGGAGAGGUGAUGGCUAGCCAGGAGGACACUGCCGUUUCAAAAGAGGAACAGCAGCAGCAGCGGCAGCCAGUGCAGACAACGGCCGAGUUGAAUGCGGAGCCACGCGCGGACGACGCGGGUAAAAGCAAGCACUGA